AUGAAAACUCUACCAUUGUCAAUGAUCACAAAUGAAGAAAUUAUAAUUAUCAAUGAAGAACCAAUUGCAGAAUCAUCUCAGUUGUCUCAAAGAAGAAAAACCAACAUUGAAUAUCUUAAUGAUGAAGAAAUUAUAAGUCUUGUCCAAUUUGAAGAAAUGGGUGAAAAUGGUAAUGAUUCAUCAUUAGAUGAAGAAAUACCUUUGAUACUAGUAAAAAAAUGCAAUUAA